UUUUACUAUUUUUGCCUAUUUAAAACGAAACGAAAUGGAGGAGAGUGUGUGAGUGAGAGAAGCACACACCAAAUCCAACAUGGCUUGCAUGCAAUUCACAAACGCCGUGUCGUUCCGGCCAGAGCAACUCUCCGGCGCCAGGACCCGAGAUUACCAAAAUCUCCCCAGAAGGAAGUCCGUUUCGUUCUCUUUCGCCGGUAUUGCGGCAGAAAUGUCUCCAGCUCAGCCCGGAAAGCCCGAAAUCGAGCUCGAAUUCAUAGGGCCGAAGCCCGGGAACGACGGGUCGUAUCCGGUGGAGAGCGCGAAGGCGAUCAGUGGAGAGAAGUUGCUGAGGGAUGUCAUGUCGGAUAACAAGAUCGAGCUCUACGCCACGUAUGGGAAACUGAUGAACUGUGGAGGUGGAGGAAGCUGUGGGACUUGUAUAGUAGAGAUUAUUGAUGGGAAGGACCUUUUGAAUGAAAGAACAAAUACUGAACUCAAGUAUUUGAAGAAGAAACCCGAAUCUUGGAGACUUGCUUGUCAGACUAUAGUCGGAAAUAAGGAAAAUUCUGGGAAGGUUGUGGUUCAGAGGAUCCCCCAGUGGAAAAAGUAAGAGACCAGAUUAUGAAUUAUGAUCCACAUUUGUCGUAUCAGAUUGUAUCGAGGCUUAUUUAGAUGACACGUAAGCAUUGUUGCGAAGUUCGAUUCAAGUGUUAUUCGUCUCUCCCCUUUUUUUGCCGAAGGGCAUAUAAUGUUGUAUUUUGGUGUGUGUCACAAAAUAUACGAGGACAAUUUGGGUAUAAAAAAAA